AUGAGCGCCGCAGGCAGGGAUAGCCCGGUCUCCGGCAAGCGUCCGCGCGGCCCUGCCCUCGCCUCGCCGGCGGCAUGCUCCGGCGGAGCAGGACUUUGGGGAUCUGGCAGCCCCAAGGCGAAGCGUUGCCUCUUGGCUGGGGGUCCCAGCAGUCGCUCCACCUUUGCCUCCGCCGCCGCCGCCGCCGAGCAGCUGAUCCUUCUUGCUGGUGCUAUGGCAUCAGUAGCUGUGUCCUACAUUGCGGUGAUGAGGAGGCGCAGGAAGUACAGCGCCCAGCAGUUUGCUCGACUCCAUGACGCCAUUGUUUGUCUCGCAUCUGCUGUUCGUGCUACCACUGCUCCAGUUGAACCACACCCUGAUCUGUACCCCACUGUGAUGGGCGUCCCUGGCUUCACUAAGGAGCAGCUUCUGGUGAUGUCUGAACCGCAUCGCGCUGUGGAUCGAGCACAUCCUCGCCAAGCAGGAGCUCUGAGCUAG